GGUAAAUCAAUAGGGCCUAUUUUAUGCAGGUGGGAAAAAAAAGCUUUACACUUCCGGGUUAGCGUGUUUAUUUUACAGACAUUUCGACUUAGAAUAGUCCAAGAGUUGGGGUCGUUUUCUUGAGCACACAUCAUUACGAAUAAGAAUGUAGAAAGGUCAGAACUCUUACAGAAUGAAACACUUGGCCAGAUUUUUCUGCUUGUUUUCGGCUCUUGUGGGGCAAAUAGGGUAUGCCAGUCAAGGACCUAUUGAUUUAGUCUUUGUCGUAGAUGGGUCCAAAGAGUUAGAAUUGUAUUUUCCGCUUGCUAUAAAAUCAGUCGGUGAAUAUAUGGCUGAAAUCAACAUUGGACCCAAUAAGACUCAUGUAGGUGUUGUACUGUAUAGUACAGACGUGAGUGACUUUGUGCCACUGAUGUCAGAUGCCGAAGUCUUGAAAACAAGAGUUUUUGACUUUACAUUUCCUGGGCAGAUGAGGGCCACCGAUGUAGGCAUAAGAAAGGCAGUGGACAUUUUGACCAAGGAGAAACGUAAUGUUUCUCAGAAGAUGAUAUUAAUCUCAUCUGGGAAGUCGGACAACAGAUUGAAAACCAAACUGGAAUCUGAGCUUGCACAAGCCAAAGGCGUCGACAUUUGGGGUCUCGGAAUUUUUCCGUAUUUGAGCAUGACUGAAUUGGAAUCUUUAACAACCAACGGACCGAAACAGGCUUUUGAAAUUGAAAAUGUACGAGAAUUCUUUGGAGCCUUUACACAGCUAACAACAGGAGAAACUGACAACGUGUAUACAUAUCGUGAGCCAGUGGAUCUAGUAUUCGCUAUUGAUGUAUCGACCAAAACUGGAGAAUCAAACUUUCAACGUAUUAUGGCCACUGUCUUGAAAUGUCUCCAGAUUCUAUUCAUAGGACCAUCGGACACACAUGUUGGAGUAGUGAUAUCAACAUCUACCUCUUCCAUCCAGCUUCAGUCAGAUUACGAAACGAUCUAUUCCAGCGUAUCAAGUUUAAAGUUAUCCAACCGGGUCUUGACCACAGACACAGUUCUAGGUGCAGCAAUUGAUAGCGUACUUGCCACAGAGAGGCAGGUGCCUAAAAUUAUAAUUCUGAUCACCAAUGGGGACUACAUCAAUACGUACACAAAUGAAACUAAUGGACUAUUUUCAAGGUACGAAAAUGAAACUCACAGUGAAGCUUCAAGAGCGAGGGACCAGAACAUCACCCUCUGGGGAGUUGGCAUUGGCUGCGAGUUUCUUCUUAUGGAGGAUUUGUGUCGCAUCUCACAGGCAUUGUAUCUGAAAGAUUUGACCACAAACCUACAGACGUUGGAGUACAACAGGACAGUGGUCACAAACGGUAGGAGAACUAAAUGUGAAUGAGGAGGGAGGGGGGAGG